GAAAGGCUGCAGCUCAGUCGUCUGGAAAGGCGAAGCGAGCGGCGAGGAAGACUCGUCUGUCUGCCGGACGCGAGCCCGGGCUCCCCUCCUCCCGAUCGCAUCCCCCGUGAAAAAUUCAGCAAAAAUGGAGCUGCCGGCGGUAGUGGGGGAGCAUGUCUUCGCGGUGGAAAGCAUCGAAAAGCAGCGGAUCCGGAAGGGCCGAGCGGAGUAUCUUGUCAAAUGGAGGGGCUGGUCCUCCAAAUAUAACACGUGGGAGCCGGAGGAAAAUAUCCUGGAUCCCAGGCUGCUAAUCGCUUUUCAAAACAGGGAGAGGCAAGAGCAACUUAUGGGAUACCGCAAGCGAGGACCAAAACCAAAGCCACUGGUAGUUCAGCUGCCGUCUUUUGCACGCCGCUCUAAUAUCCUCAGUGGCCUGCAGGACCCAGCCGUGGAGAACAGGCCCAAGCUGGAUCUCAGCAGCUCAGGCAAAAGUCAGCAGCAUCAAUAUGAACUCAACAGCAAGAAGCACCAUCAAUAUCAGCCCAACAGCAAGGGGAGCAGCAUCAAACACCCGUCGCACAGCAAAGGGAAGUACUACUAUCAGCUGAACAGCAAAAAGCACCACCACUAUCAGCCGGACCCCAAGAUGUAUGAACCCCACUACCAGCCCAACAGCAAGGAGCCACAACAAGGACAGGCCUGUUUGGAUCAUAGCAAAAGCCCGUUAAUGUCCCAGUCAGACAAGUGGUCCCAUGGCUCCACAAAGAAUUUGCUGAACCCUGUCAAGAGUUUGAGUGGGAUUGAAGGAAAGAGUGGGGCAGAGAAGAACCUCUCCAGUGGCACAGGGCCACCACCACCAUCUUCCCGGGAGGGCGUGACCAGCAAUGGCAUUGGUGGCAAAAUGAAGAUUGUGAAGAAUAAAAAUAAGAAUGGACGCAUUGUGAUUGUCAUGAGCAAGUACAUGGAGAAUGGCAUGCAGGCAGUAAAGAUUAAAUCUGGGGAGCCACCGAAGAAGCGGGUGGCCGAGGAAAGGACUACUAAGAGAGGAUCUGAGGAGAGGCAGGAGUCCUGGAAAAAGCCUGUGGAGGACAGAUGGCUGGGUGGCGGUCUCAAAGGGAAAUCCGGCACAGAGGCCAGUCAGCUUCCUUCUGAGUUAGGAGGCAGCCCCUCCAAGACUGUGGCCCCCAGCAAAGAGCUGCCCCUUCCCGAGCAGCAGCCUCUGCAGCUUACCACCAAGCCCAACCUGGUUCCCUGGUCCCUGGAUUCCAGCCAGCAGGAGCAGACCUCACCUGCCCCAGGACUGAGCCUUUCACCCAGCUAUGGUGGGUCCCGGAAACGCUGCCUUUCUGAGCCCCACGGAGACAAGGAGAGUGGCAAGAAGCGCCUCACUUCCCGGAGCAUCAGUGCCCCCACCUGCCUAAGCUCUCCUGCCCCAGAGAAACUGGAGCCCCCUGCCUUUCCCACCUCUCAGCCAGAGGUCAUCCUGUUGGACUCCGACUUAGAUGAGCCCAUAGACUUACGGUGCGUCAAGGCUCGGGGGGACCGAGAGCCGGGCCUGGUGCAGGUCAAGCCAGAGAUUGUGCCAGUGCCAGCAGAACAGUUGGGGCCAGAGCCUCAGAAGCAGGGGGAGCACUUUGAAGCGGAGGGGGAAGAGGAGGAAGAGGAGCCUGUGCAGGAGUUCAAGCCUUUCUUUGGGAAUAUAAUAAUUACUGAUGUGACGGCAAACUGCCUGACGGUGACCUUUAAGGAAUAUGUGACCGUGUGAGGAGCUGAGGCGCAGGGUCCUGGCGCUCUCCCUUGGCAGCCUGACUCCUCCCCUAAGAUAUUGCUCUGUCCAGACAACCUCUUUGGCACUGCGCCAAGAGCAGGUCCUCUUGAGAUCAAACACACGUUGCUGCCUGGAAGAAGGGAGGGUAGGGAGCAAGGCUUCUGCUUCGCCUUCAGGACUGAGGGUUUCCUGCAAGGCUGUUCUGGCCUGUCAAAAUCUCGGGCCUCAGGAUGCGGUGAGGGGCGCCGGCUCCCCAGUUAACUCACGGGAGAGGAGUUCUAUAGUAUUAUAUUUUAACAGUGCUAACUUGUUCAGUGGUUCAUGCUCCCGUUUGUAUGUGGUGUUGCUAAAAAUGUAUUGUUUGAACUGAAGGCAGGCCUCCCCAGGUGGGUCAUGCAAUUAUAUUUAUUUGUAGGUAUUUAUAUAAUGAAAUAUAAAAAGCCUAGAUUUAUGGAGUUCCCUAGAUUGCCCUAUAUAUAUAUAUAUAAUUAUAUUAAAUACAUAUAUAUUAUAUAUAUAUAAAAAAGCUAUAUCAGAAUAUUUUCUUUUCUUCCCUUUUUAAAGGCCACUUCUGUUUUUGAUUUCCUUGCUCCUUUUUUCAUAAAACUGCAGGUCCAUCCCUUCCUUGCAUAUAUAAGGUGUGUGUGUAUGUGUGUGUGUGUAUACACACACACACACACACACAUACUGUUAACACGUUGCUAUCUCAAUGUGCAACCCCCCCAAUAAUCUAAAGCUAAACAAGCUAUUAUAGAAAUUGCUGCUACUAGAAAUGUCUAAACUAUAAGCUUCCAAUUAUUAUGAAUUGCUUGAAUGUAAAUAUUAAAUGGAAAUAUGUGGAAAGUGCAUUUGAUGUUCUGCAGCUGGCCUAGGUCUGGAUUGCAAAGCCUAGCUGUGAAGCAGGAGGGCCUUGGCCCCUGACAGGCACCUUUGUGCCUUCAGAAACAAGAGAGAGGAGGAAGGCAAACUCUGUGUCAUACAGUCGUUGCAAAGGUCUAUAAACCUUUCCAAAAAUGACAGGUGGUUUGGAGUCCUUUUAUUGAAGAUUUGGUGCUCCUGAGGUCUGGCUGCUACACGUGCGGUCUGAGUUGUCAGCCUGGUUGCUUGCUUUUUGGAUGCGGGCAAGAUAGCCUCAUGUGGUAAUAACCUUGUGGUGUCUCAAACUGUACUUCAUGACCUCUGAAAUUCUCUGGGAGCCCUCAAAAGCUGUACUUGCAGAUGAUAGGCAAGCUGUUUUGCUCCGAAACGAUUUCUGAAACAGUGCAGGAAAGAGGGAGGGGCUGCACACAUUCAUUAUCACCAACCUGGUUAAUACAUAAUGGGCUGGAACACGAUAUUUUGCUUCAGAAUCUUGAUCACAGUGUUCCAUAUGUAGUAUGAAACAUUGCUAUUUCCUUAAAAAGUCAGGUUUAACUUCUUAAGGAAUCUUAAAUAUAACGAAUCAUUGUGAUGAAAUAGUAGUAAAAGGCUUCCUUCUCCACUGCCUGUGACAUCUAAGCCUUAAAAGUUGUUUCUAUGAAUGCGGUGGGUGCUCUGCACUUUCAUUUGGGGCUUGUGCCAGAAUGUGAACUUUACAUAGGUGAGCAUUUCUCAAAUCGUUCCAACUAGUUUUCCAACAAUAGUCACCAGGGUGCUGCUUACCAUUAAACAAACAAAGCAACCUUUUGCCUACCCCUGCAUGUCAUGCAGCGAUAAAGAACAUGGCACAGUUAGUGGGCAGUGGCAGCUCCUUUGCUGGAAAGGUUAUGAAGAAAGCCAUGUGACAGAUCAGUCUUCCCCAAAGAAUGCGGUCGAGCUGUGGUAACUGAAACCACCGGUUCAGAGGACGUUUCAUAAUCCUAAAGUAAUAUAUGUUUCUGAGAAACAAAGUUAUCUAGAAAAGAAACUCGCCCUUCCACCAGAUGUCUCAAGGAUAAGGCCUGAUCAGCAGAUUGUAAGGUGCUUGCCUGUACCUCAGCAAGCGUUGGUUUCUCUAACUCAGCGUUGUCGGUACCGGCAGUUUCUCCAAGAAGGCUGCUUGGGACUUCCUGCUUGCUAAGCAUGGGUUUGAUCCCUGAGCUAGGGAGCAUGGAGGGGAAUUCAUUGAGAGCCCCAACCAGCAAAGUUGGGCCUGAGCUCUAGACGUGUGGAGGCUGCAUUAGGUCUGAAUUACAACCAAGGUUGAAGUACGCUCUAGGGACUACUGGGUCCUGUUGCGGGGAAGGGGAGACAUUCUUAUGAGAACCUGGUGCCAAGGAGAUUACAGUUCCCUGUUUUGGGAUGGUUUCAUCUUGCCCUGCGGUAGAUAAUACAUGCUUAAGGCAGCCUUCCCAUUGCUGCAAAGCAAAUGAGAACAUGAAGGAAUUAAUGCUAAUUCCCAUUUGUGCAAUCAAAGAUGCCAGCUAGGGGAAAAAAUCCUUUCUUGAAGAAAAAUGAGUUGAAGACAGGACAUGCUUUCCAAGAAGCACACCUUGGAUUGGACUGUGGGUGUUUGACUCGUGCCUGCACCUCUCAGAAAGAGUGGAGGACUUUAAUCGUGUUACAACAUUGAACAACAGUUCAUGGAAACUGAACAAAGUCUGUUUCAAAAAAAUGUUGAAGGAUAAAAAUCAACACAGUGGCAGUAAUCUGUCUGAUUAAUGGCUUGAUUUGACUUAACAGAACUGCUCAAAAGCAACCCCCAAACACUGUUUUUUUUUCCUCUCCUACAUGUAAAUAUACUUCAUUUUUUAAAAAUCAAGCUUGCUUUCUUCCUCAGCCAAAUUUCUUGUUAAAUAUAAACCAGUGGUAGGCUAUUGCAAUAAUAUGGCAACAUAUAUCUAUACAGAAACAAGUGCCAUUUAACUAAAUCAGAUUUCCUUCAGGUAAGUGUGUUGAGUUAUGGUUUGUAAGAACAGAUUUUGUUUUCCCAGUGGAAAUUUAAGCAAUUGGGGGAAACUCAAGGGAAAAACUUUUAUUUUUUUUAAAAUAAAAAUAUGUUCCCAUCCCCUGCCUCAUCUGUUUCUCGUGAGUUGGAUUAUUACAUUUAUUCCUAAUUUAAAGGUAGAGAGAAAUGGGGAAAA